GUCCUCUGUGACGUAUUAAGUAACGUCAUAAAGGCUAUAAAGAAGGCCACGCGCCUCCUAUUUGGUUGCUUCGGAGUGUUGUGUUGAAGUUUGUGAAGAAAUAGAGGGGUGGUGGAACCUCACGAAUAUUAGGGAGAGUGAGAUUUGAGACGUCAUGGCGCGUACAAAGCAGACUGCCCGUAAAUCCACUGGUGGGAAGGCGCCGAGGAAGCAGCUGGCCACGAAGGCGGCCCGGAAAAGUGCCCCGUCCACCGGCGGCGUGAAGAAGCCGCACCGAUACAGACCAGGAACCGUGGCUCUGAGGGAGAUCCGUCGGUACCAGAAGUCUACCGAGCUGCUGAUACGCAAACUGCCCUUUCAGCGCCUGGUUCGAGAGAUUGCGCAGGACUUCAAGACCGACCUGCGUUUCCAGAGUGCGGCCAUCGGUGCUCUUCAGGAAGCCAGUGAGGCGUACCUCGUGGGUCUCUUUGAGGACACCAACCUCUGUGCCAUCCAUGCCAAACGAGUAACCAUCAUGCCCAAGGACAUUCAGCUGGCGAGGCGAAUCCGUGGCGAGCGGGCUUAAUUUUGCCACCUGCUUUUUAAACUUUUUGGGAAUAAGCAUUUUUUUUGAUUAUUGAACUGCAUAUAUCUACAUAUGGAGGUUGAGGUUAAUUUUGUAUUUUUGUUAGAUAUUGGUAGAAAAAAAAGCUAGUGGUCUACAGUACAGAAGUAGCGAGCGUUUUGGUAAAACAUUCCCUCAAACUCCCUCUCAGGUUUUUACCAAGUAAAUUUCUAUCAGGCAUUGUUAUACCUCUAGCUUGUUGUGCGGUAGGUUGUUGUAUGCAUGCUUCAUAAUGGGUAAAUUAUUUGUAGACUCGUAACCUCCAUUUCUUUGCUUUUUUUGCAUUGUGAUUAUUGGGUUGUAAAUAAAAUUUCCACUACCUCA